GGUUUCAGUACCGAGCCGCUGCGGGUCAGGACUCGAUGUGGUUCCGUUAUGAGAAAGGUGUGUUUACGCGUUCUUUAUUUCGAGCCGGCAUAAUGCGUUUCGACGAAAUCCUGUCAUGAGUGAAAAUCGUUAAGAAUUGUAUUUACAUUGAAAAACAAACGAAACUCAUAAGUUUUUUCUUUUUCGAGCUGAUCAUUUUUUAUUAUCAUCGUCAUCGUUUUCGAUCGAUCGACUGACGUCUACUUUCGAUAUAAAUCGAUCGCAACGCAUGCUCGCGGAUGCCGACGGUAAAUGUACGCGGUGCGGAAUCCGCUAGUAGAAGACUAAAAAUGGACGGCUUUUGUCGAUUUGUCGACUCAGUGACAUUCCCGGUGGAUUUUUUUAUUUUUAGAUAAGCAGACUGUAGAUAAGAUAUUUCUUUUAUUUUUGUUUUGUUUUUCCUUUCUUUUAUUUCCUUUCAUUUUCACUGUAUCACUCUUGAAGGACAUUUGUACAAAUUAACGAAAACAAACAACGGCAAUCUUACAUGUACGCACGUGACACGCUCUCACAGUGAGAGUUUUACUAAGACGCAUGAAAGCGAAUAGAAAAAUCGAUUUAUACUCAAGGGAUAUUCAGAGUUUCGAUUUAAACUUAUCUUCAGAGCUUUCCAAGGAUUGUCUUGUGAAUUUACGAGUGUUAAAUCGGUUUCACUGAGUCGAGUGCAAGGAUCCACCGUCUUUACCCGAUAAUUAUUAUUAGUUCUCCUUGUGAGCGAGUCUAAACGUUCUUUGAUAAAAACACGACGAUACCUUUAUCAUCGGUUUGAUCUAAACGUAGAAGAUACACGUAAUUCGUAAUCCUUUUGGAAAUAUUUUACUUGAGAAAAGAGAAGCUAACCAAACACGUUGCUGCAAACAAUAAUUCUUCAACACUGCCAACGAAACGGGAAAAUUUUACAUCGUUACACUGCCAUCAUCGAGCGGGUCGCCUCGAAUUUUCUACCAUCAAUUUAUACGCAUAAACAUACAUACAUACAUACACAGACAUAUAUAUGUGCAUAUAUAUGUAUAUAUAUAUAUGUAUAUAUAUGUAUACGAAUUUUUUUGGAGGCACAUAAAGUCAGGGAAAGGAUUAUACAAUUUUUGGAAAUUCGACUUGAAGUUUCAUCAAAAAAUGGCAAAGGAUCAAAGUUUUAUUAUUAUCUUUUAAAAGAAUAUCUCCCUUACCGAGAAUCCUUUUGAAAUUCAAUCCCUCUGGAAGGGUCGGAAAGAAGGAAAAAGAGAAAAGAAGACGAGAUAUAAGAAAAAAGUGAGUAUGUCCAGGACGCAAUGCUGCGACGGCAGCGAAUGUGUUGCUGGAAAAAUGAACGAAGGAAGGAAGAGAGAAAACGAAAGGAUGGUUCGUGGCUGCAAUUAGUAGUGCCGUUUCGAAACUGUCCCAUGUUUAUGGAGUGCUAGCACUCAGGAAAUAUAAGAAGAGGACAAGCAAGAACGUAGACAAGAAAAAUAGAAAAAACUGAAGGAAGCGUGUUAUUUUUUUUUUGUUAUUUUGUGAUUGUGAACAAGAAAGAAGGAGAAGAAAGAAAGGAGGUGUAGAAAGAGCGAGAACGAGAGGGAGAGAGAGAGAGAGAGAGAGAGAGAGAGAGAAAGAGAGAAAGAGAGAAAAAAGAAGAAAAAGAAAAAAAUGUGGUGGAGGUGCCGGUGGAACUUUGCUAGCAUCGCUUCGACGAUGCAAUCCGCGACGAACAGUAGCAGCACUACAACCACGACCACAGUUUUGUUGGUCCUGGGAGUGGCCUCGGUCUACUCGCAGGUCGACGUAUCUGAUCUGGAUAAGCCCGUGCCAAUUACUACGAUAGAAGGUGUGGUGGGAAAUAAAGUGCAGCUACCGUGCGAUAUACAUGCGCCCAACGACGACAACGUCAACAUGGUGCUCUGGUUCAAGGAAGAUGGGGGUGAUCCGAUUUAUAGCUUUGACGUACGCGGUCGUCGGCAGUUCAACAAUGCCCAACUUUGGUCGUCGCCAACAGCAUUGGGAUCAAGAGCUUUUUUUAUCACGGCUACGAAACCGGCACAUCUCAGCAUCGACCGCCUCGAGGCCAAGGACGAAGGAAUCUAUCGAUGUAUGGUGGAUUUUAAGAACACUCCGACUCAAAAUCAAAAGAUGAACUUGACCGUAAUUGUGCCUCCUUCGAAGCCCGAGAUUCUGGACAGCACGACGAAGGACAUAUCGAGGAUCAAGGAACCCUACAACGAGGAUAGCGAUGUGAAACUAAUCUGCCAGGUUAGAGGUGGCAAGCCACCUCCAAAGCUGACGUGGUACCUCGACAACAACGUGAUAGACGAGUCCUAUAGCUAUGACCGCGAGUUUGCGCUUACGGUUAACCACUUGUCGUACCCGAGAGUCGGCCGGCAACAUCUCAACGCAAGGCUGAUCUGUCAGGCCAGCAACACCAACUUGGUGCCGCCACAGAGCAGGGUCCUCGUUCUCGACAUGAAUCUGAAGCCGAUGCAUGUUCAAAUAUUAACGAAAGAGGAACGAGUUUCGGCGGAGAAGAACUACAAGGUGGAAUGUACAACAACCGGAUCGAGACCCACAGCGGUGAUUACUUGGUGGAAAGCGAACAGACCGAUUAAGAAGAUGGCGCAGAGUUAUCCUCUGGACAACAAUCACACUAUGAGCGUCCUGAGCUUCGUACCGAGUAUCGAUGACGACGGGAAGUAUCUAACUUGCCGUGCUGAGAACCCGUUGAUUCCCGACAGUGCUAUGGAGGACAAGUGGCGAUUGGAGGUGCACUAUCAACCGGUGGUGACUUUGAGGAUGGGAGAGACACUUAAUCCAGAUGACAUCAAAGAGGGUGACGACGUGUACUUCGAGUGCAUAGUGAAAGCGAAUCCUAAAGUGUACAAACUCGCCUGGUUCAAAGACGGUAAAGAGUUGAAGAACAAUGCCACAGCCGGCGUCAUUCUCAGCGACCACUCGUUGGUGCUUCGAGGCUUAACUCGACAUUCUGCCGGUGACUAUACCUGUCUGGCCGCAAAUAGCGAGGGCAAGACUGCUAGUAAUCCCGUGACUCUUCAAAUAAUGUAUACGCCGGUCUGCAAAGAGGGUAAAAGCGAGGUUGUGGUUGGUGCUCUCAAACAGGAAACAGUUUCUUUGGUUUGCGCUGUGGAGAGUCAUCCACCACCGUUGACCUUUCAUUGGACCUUUAAUAAUUCCGGAGAGUUGAUGGAGAUGCCACAUUCGCGAUACUCUCACGCAUCAGUAGCCGGAACUCCGUCAGUUGUGGAAAGUCUAAAAGAAUAUCAACAAUUUCACGGUUCGAGACUUAACUAUACACCCACGACGGAAAUGGAUUACGGUACAGUCGCGUGUUGGGCUACUAACCAAGUCGGCAAGCAAAGAUCAGCGUGCCUUUUCCAAGUGAUAGCGGCCGGUCGUCCCUAUCCUCUACACAACUGCACUACUACGACGGAACUGUCAGCACCCUUGGGCGUGGAGGAGGUUGGCACGAAAUCAGGAACUGGUCUGAUCGUACGUUGCUUAGAUGGUUACGACGGAGGCCUACCUAUCCAUAGCUAUCAAUUGGAGGUCGUAGCCGAAGAGGAUGGAGCUUCGAUUCUAUUGAACAAAACAGUACAGGCCAAUCCGAAUGGAGCGAUCUUUGAGGUCACUAGCCUUACGACCGGCAAAAGUUAUCGUCUCUAUCUCUACGCUAUUAACGCCAAGGGUAGAAGCGAUCCCACCAUAUUGGAACCUGUCACGCUUAAGGGUGUCGCCAUGUACACAACUGGUAACACGGAUGCAUCGAUGCUGAGUCCAUUGCUACUGGGUCUGGCAGCUACGGCGACCCUUUUGGCCCUGGCCGUAGCUGGUAUCCUGGCGGCGCUCUACCGGAAGCAUUCGAACGGCCGUGCCGGAAGUCCAAAGCACGCUCCGAUCGUGUGCGAGCCACCUAAUGCAGGUGCAACCACCCCAGUGCACCCUCAGACCAAGCAGGCGGUCGAUGACAUCGAUCCGGACAUCAUACCGAACGAAUACGAAAGAAGACCUUUAACAUAUACACCCGUCUACAAGACACCACCUCAACGAAGAAAAAAGGAUCGAGUCACGGACGAAGUAACUUCGCCUGAAAAAAGACCGAUCGUUCAACACGGUUUGGAUCUACCAUCGGAUCCUGUACUCGCCGAUUGCCUUUCAACACCCGCCAUUAACUAUCCACAAAAUCAUGUCACCCAUCAGACAAUUUAUGGUCAUCAGCCAACCAUGGCAGACUUCAAGCAAAUGGCGAUGGACGCCUAUAAUCAACGUAAUAACCAAAAUGUGUAUUACAGCCUUCAAAGGGCGAGCAAAUGUUUAUCGUCGAUGCCGCAGAGGCCGGUCUCUUCGUCAAUUUCUGCUCAGGGGAAAUUUCAUCAGCCGGAAGUGGUGACGCGCUCGAAUCGAAUACAAGAGAGCUGUAUAUAAUAAGAGAGUGCCCAUUCUCUCUUACUUUCUCAUUUUUCUUUUUUUCUUUUUCCCGAUUUACUUUUUCUCUUCUCAUGGUAACGACACGUGUACGGAGUAUCAUAGAAAUGUUUAGACAAUUUUUUUAAUUCGUUGACUCUUUCUAAAUCGAAAUAUGCGUUCUGAAUUUUUAAUCGUUUGUCAAGAAUUUAUUAACACUAAUUUGAUAUUAUUAUUUUCUGAUUGUUUGACUAUUAAAUUAAUAUCUCCAUUCGUUCUUUACAAUUCAGAAAAGACUUAUUUCGAUUUAGAACAAGUGAUUUAAUUUUAAAAAGUGCCAAAUAUUUCUGUGAUCACCGUAUACAGUUAAUAUGUAAGAGGAAGAGAAAGAGAUAGACGGAUAAAUACGUAAAGAGAUAAGAGGAAAAGGAGGACACAAGAGAGAGAGAAGAAGAAACCAACGAUAAAAAAUCCUCUUGACAUUUCGUAAUUUACGUUGAUCAUCAUUUUCAACGAGUUGAUGGGAUUUUCUUUAAACGUUGAUUGUACAAAACUUCGUUCGAAGAAUAGAAGAUGAUAUAAUUCAAAAUCGUCAUGGCGGGAACGCAGACUUGGUCGUUGAGAUUUGGAUAAAAGUGAAAUUUUCGGCGAUUCAUUUUCUCUGUGUUCUCGAGAAAAUGUACAAUGUUCUUUGGCUAAAACAUAUUCAUUAUUUCGUGUUUCAUCGAAAAUAACAUCAUAGGUUGAGCAAAAAAAAAGAAAAACAUACUUUCAAUCGAGAAGCAUGUAUAUAUAUAUAUAUAUAUAUAUAUAUAUGUAUAUAUAUAUAUACACACAUACAUACACAUAUAUACACAUAAAACGUACAUAUAUAUAUAUAUAUAUUAUAUAAGUAUAUAUUAUAUAUAUAUAUUAUAUAUACAUAAAUAUAUUUUGAGGAUAUUUCUUACAAGAACAUGAACUGUGAAAGACUGCUAACGCGACACAAAAGCAAGAAAAGGAGAAUAAACGAAUAUAAAUACUCGUUAUUAAAAUAAAUAAAUUCAUCCCAUUUAUUAAUCAUUCUAAUCAAGCAAGACACACCGUAUCGAGGCGCUGAAGAAUAUAAUAUAAAGGCACGAAAAAAGAGAAGAAAAAAAAAGAGCAUAGUCGUUGGCGACGAUCAGAGACGCAACACGUUUUCGUUCCCGCUCAUCGACGCUGCCACGUGCGCGCGUUCGUGCUGACGUGUACGUUUUACUGUUUAUAUGAGAUUAGUUUUUGUACAAAGGAAUCUAUUGUAAAUAGGCGUCUAGCCUCAGACACAUGUAGAGAGUAGUCAAGAUAAUGUCCGAAUUUCAUUCGAUAAACAUAAUUGAGAGAAAAGAAAAUAAAGAAAAAGAAAUAAAUAAAUGAAUAAAUAAAUGAAUAAAUAAAUAAAUAAAUAACUAAACAAACGAGCCGUGAAACGUCCGAUCGCAUAAGAUAAACGACAAAAUUCAAUGGCGUACGAAUAAAGAGAAAUACGUUUCA